AUGAAUGGGAUCGCCUUCUGCCUGGUCGGGAUCCCGCCGCCCGCCUCUGCGGAGGAGGAGAACGGGAACCGACCAGGUCCCCCCCGGAGCCGCCUGGAGCCCAUGGACACCAUCUUUGUGAAGCAGGUGCGGGAGGACGGGCCAGCACACCAGGCUGGGCUGCGCACGGGGGACCGGCUGGUCAAGGUGAAUGGGGAGAGCAUCAUUGGGAAAACCUACUCGCAGGUCAUCGCGCUGAUCCAGAACAGUGAUGAUGUGCUGGAGCUCUCCAUCAUGCCCAAGGACGAGGACAUCCUCCAGCUGAGCGUGGAUGAUUCGGGCUACAUCGGCUACCGGAGCUACAGCCCAUCCUUCCAGCGCCGCACCGGGCUGCACGCCCUCUCCUUCCGCGACCCGGCUUUCGGGGGCCUGCCCACCUUCAGCAUCUCACAGCGGCCAGACAGGGUGGUCCCUGCUGUCCUCCCACCCACCGGUCCCCCACCGGUCCCCACCGCCCCCAGGGAGCAGCGGCCAGAGAGCAGCCGAGCGCCGGAGCAGCCGGAGGAGCGGAGGGAAGAGGUGGUUCUGCGGCAGAAGCCCCCCACGGGCCGCAAGGUGGCCGGGGAGAGGCCGGUGGGUGAGCGGCAAGGCCGGCACGUGGCUCCCUUGGCAGCCCCCGAGGACCCCCUGGCGUCCAUCCCCUUCAUCGAUGAACCCACCAGCCCCAGCAUCGACCUGAAGGCCAAACAUGUCCCUGCCUCCUCGGUGGUCUCCAGUGCCAUGAACUCAGCGCCUGCAGUUGCCACCAGCCCCUCCUCUCCCACCUUCGCCUUUGCCCUGAGCCGACACUACUCCCAGGACUGCAGCAGCAUCAAGGCUGGCCGGCGAUCGUCCUACCUCUUGGCCAUCACCACCGAGCGCUCCAAGUCCUGUGACGAUGGUCUGAAUGCAUUUCGGGAUGAGGGGAAGAUCCUAAGGAGGAUGCCCAGCCGGGUCCCCAGCCUCCGCAUGCUGAGGAGCUUCUUCACCGAUGGGUCUCUGGACAGUCUUGGCACGUCUGAAGACGCCCGCUCCAAAAGACACUCAACCUCCGACCUCUCGGACGUCCCGUUCAGCGCCGUGAGGAAGGAGGGCUGGCUCCACUGCAAGCAGAUCCUCACCAAAAAGGGGAAGAAGGUCGGUGGAGGCAUCCGGCAGUGGAAGCGCGUCUUCGCCGCGCUGCGCGCCCACUCGCUCUACCUGGGCAAGGACCGGCGGGAGGCGGUGACCUGCGCCCCGGCCCCAGGUGAGGAGGAGCCGAUCAGCAUCCGAGCGUGCCUGGUGGACAUCUCCUACAGCGAGACCAAGAGGAAGCACGUCUUCCGCCUGACGACCGCUGACUUCUGUGAAUAUCUCUUUCAGGCAGAGGAUCGGGAAGACAUGCUGGCCUGGAUCAAAGUCAUCAGGGAGAACAGCAAGGCCGAGGGCGAGGACCCCGGUUUUGCCAGCCAAGCACUUAUCAGCAAGAAGUUAAAUGACUACCGGAAAGUGAGCCCCGCAGGUGCCAAGCCUGACUCCUCACCCAAGGGCACUCGUGGGCUGGGGAUCAGAGCCGAGUUCCUGAAGCAGACAGGAACCAGUGUGCCCCGGUCCCCCAGGCAGGAUGCAGCCAUCACGAAAGAUGAGAGCGGCUCCCAAAAAGCCCCGUGGGGCAUCAACAUCAUGAAGAAGAACAAGAAAUCUGUCCCAAGGGCCUUUGGUGUGAGGUUGGAGGACUGCCAGCCUGCCCCGGACAACAAGAAUGUCCCCCUGAUCGUGGAAGCCUGCUGCAGGGUGGUGGAGGACCGAGGGCUGGAGUACAUGGGCAUCUACCGCGUGCCCGGGAACAACGCGGUGGUGUCCAGCCUGCAGGAGCAGCUCAACAAGGGGGCCACGGAGAUCAACCUGCAAGAUGAGCGGUGGCAGGACCUGAACGUCAUCAGCAGUUUGUUGAAAUCCUUCUUCCGAAAGCUGCCCGAGCCCCUCUUCACCGACGACAAGUACAACGACUUCAUUGAGGCCAACCGGAUAGAAGAUGCCAGCGAGAGGAUGAGGACGCUGCGGAAGCUGAUCCGGGACCUGCCAGGUCACUACUAUGAGACACUCAAGUUCCUGGUGGGUCACCUGAAGACCAUUGCUGACCACUCGGAGAAGAACAAGAUGGAGCCCCGCAACCUGGCCCUGGUGUUCGGCCCCACGCUGGUGCGCACAUCCGAGGACAACAUGACAGACAUGGUGACACACAUGCCCGACCGCUACAAGAUCGUGGAGACCCUGAUCCAGCACUCAGACUGGUUCUUCAGUGACAAGGAGGACAAGGGUGAGAAGACCCCCGUGGAUGAGAAGGAGGCGCAGUCAGUGCCCAACAUCGAGUACCUGCUCCCCAACAUCGGCAGGACCACGGCACCUGGUGAUGCUGCAGCAGCUGCUAACCCCAUCCUGGGGCACACGGGGCGGGCUCGACCCGCAGCGGCUCCGCCAAACCGAAGGUGA